CAUUUUAAUUACUGGCUGUUGUUCUCACUUCUGUUAAUACGGGCUUUUGCGUUCCCAUCAAUUUAUAACAUGGUGGGGACAUCGCAGUCAAGAGGCAUUUCUAGGCGCAUUCUCGGGACUUUUGGCGGCGUCUUCGCCCUCGUCACCCUCUCUCAAUUCAGCAGUGUUAUAUUUCUUCGACUAGGGUUUCUGGUAGGACAAGCUGGGUUGCUCGUAACAAUUCUGCAAUUUUUUCUUGCCUAUCUAAUCCUUCUGCUGACAAUUUUCUCCGUUUGUGCUAUCAGCACGAAUGGUGCCAUUGAGGGUGGGGGUGUUUAUUACAUGCUUAGUCGUGUUUUGGGUCCUGAGUUUGGUGGUGCUGUUGGAUCUGUGUUUUAUUUCUCCCAAGUUUUCUGUGCCGCUCUGUAUAUCUCUGCCUUCGUUGAAGCAGUCUGCGCAAAUUUCGGACCUGGUGGGGUUCUCCUUAGCGGAAAAUUAAUUGGCGUCGGUUUCUGGUGGAAAUACCUAUACGCAAGUUGUGUGAACCUUUUCUGCCUCCUGAUCCUCCUCAUAGGGAGCCGCAUGUUCAUGCGAACUAGUAUCCUGAUGUUGGUGUUAGUUUUUGCGGUGAUAGUUUUCGUUGCAUCGAGUUUCUUCCAAUCCCCCUUCGAAGUAGCUGUACCGAGAGUCAAUGAACUGGUCUACAAUCAUAGCGAUUCGACUCAGCCUCCUGUUAUGGUCUCCUUCACUGGAUUCAACGCUACCACAUUAAAGGAAAACAUUUUCCCCAAAUAUGUGGUAGAUUAUGAGAGCCGAACCCAAAUGAACUUCGUUAUUAUCUUCGCUGUUCUUUUCUCGGGCGUUACGGGCAUUAUGAAUGGCGCUAAUAUGUCAGGUGAGCUGAGGAGGCCAUCGGUAUCCAUUCCGAGGGGAACUCUUACCGCAGUUGGCACCACGUUGUGUGUCUAUCUCAUUUUGGCUGUCUUGACGGCAGCUACGUGCAGUAGAUCUCUCCUGGUUGAGAAUUAUGCAUAUAUGCAGAGCAUCUCCUUCUGGCCGCCUCUGGCCGUAGUCGGUGUGUUAGCUGCGACGCUAUCUGCGUCUCUGGGCAACCUUAUUGGUGGUUCACGUGUACUUGAGGCUCUGGCUGUCGACGAAAUUUUCGGCGUUCUUCUCAACCCAAUGAAAUAUACUACUUCGGGCGGAAAUCCUCUUGUGGCUGUGCUUUUCACUCAUCUGUGUGUUCAGAUCGUUUUCUUCAUCGGUAAUAUGAACGCAAUUGCCCCAGCUGUGUCAAUUUUCUUCCUUCUCGCCUAUGCCUCGGUCAACCUUGCCUGUGCUCUAUUGGAUACUGCAUCGCCGGCUAAUUUUCGACCUACCUUCAAGUCUUUCCACUGGAUGACCGCUCUGUUGGGAAUGCUGGGGUGUCUGGUUAUGUGCAUUUUGAUCCAACCUUUCUACACCCUUGGGGCAAUCAUUCUUCUUGGUGUUUUGGUUAUCUUUCUCCACCGUCGCCACAUGACUGUUUCAUGGGGCGAUAUCGGCCAAGCUCUAAUAUUCCAUCAGGUUCGAAAGUAUCUUCUCCUCUUGGAUGCUUCGAAGGAACACGUAAAGUACUGGCGUCCUCAAAUCCUCUUUCUUCUUGCGAAUCCGCGCUCCGCUGCGGUACUGGUCCAAUUUGUUAACUCUGUCAAGAAGGGUGGUCUCUACGUCCUUGGACACGUGGUCGCUCCUGAUCGGUCCUCCAAGUCUGCAAACGACAGCAUCGAGGACGACGAUGCAUGCUACGUUGCCCGCAGCUAUCACAUGUUUCAGCCGGUAAACAUCUUAAGUGGUCCCUUUUCAAAUUAA